AUGCGCUCUUACCAGUCCGCCCCGGCGCUCCUUGCGCUUUUCGCUACCGUCGCGUCCGCCGUGACGCCGGCCAGACUGCACUGCCUCCGAUCGCGAAAUGUCGAACUUUCACGACUAGGCGGCUGCGGCAUGGCAGGAUCCGUCGCUGCCUGCUUGUUUAUGGUUCCGGACGACGUCACGCAAGCCGACCUCGAGACGUGCUGGGUGAACGCCGGCUGCGACUUCACGGAGGCGGUUGUCGAAGCGCAAUGGGCUCUGGAGAGGUGCGAUGAGUUCGGAAACAUUGCCGAGGAGCUGCGCAUCCGCCACGCACCUGGUGCGAUGGUGCAGGCCCGCGCGACAACCGACACAACAGCUGCUGCUACCACCACCGCAACCGGCGCGACCACGGCGACCGCUGCCACGACUGCGACUGCCGCUUCUACCACGGCCGCUACCACCGGUACUGCCACUACGGGCACCGGAAGCUCAUCAACAAAGGUGUGCUCUACCACCACGACCAAGUCGACGACGGCAUGCCCCGUCUACUCGACCGGUGCCAGCUCCGGCAAGACCAUCACCAGCGGCUGCUACUCGACGACGGUCGCCUUCGAGACCUGCGCCGCGGGCAUGCUUUGCCAGGACGACUCCUCGGGCAACCCGUCGUGCUUGUUGAUCGACGACAACAUCGGCGGCGGCGGCAUUGCCGUCGCCCUCUUCUUCGCCGUUGCCAUUACGGGCGCCAUCGGCACCAUCACCUUCCUGUGCUGCCGCGACCGCAAGGAGAGGAAGCGCAUUCAAGCCAAGGCCGAGGCUGCGGCCAUCGCGAAGGAGGCCAGGGCUUCUGGCAAGGCGCCUACGAUGCCCGUCCAGCCCGCCGAGCAACCGCUCAUCUCGCAGGACGGCAACCAGCCGUACGAUGCCCACAGCAACGGCGGCAACGGCGGCAACCCUUUUGACAACCGCAACCACAUGUAA